AUGGCUGCUCCGGCAGUCAAACGUCUCACGAGCAAUGCCCUUUGCUCAAAUUGUCCAACUCUGAGCCUUUGCAGUUCCUGGACUGCGGGCAACCUCACGAGAUGGUCCUCCUUCGGAAGGAGAAGAUUUCACGUCGUGCCAGUCACUGGCACUGUAGGAUCUCGACACAAUCCAGCAACCUCUCAAAGCUUUGUCCGUGACUACUUUUCGGCCAACAACUCUCUCGAGCGAGGAUGGGUCAAGAGUGGACUUCUGGCUUCAAUGCGCACAGCCGCAGAACCACGAGACGGCAAAGGCAAUCUCACACGUCAAGAGAAGAUAAUCCGCGCAGAGGAGGAUUACGAAGAAUUGUCAUCAGACCAUAAAAGAGCGGCGAGCGCGGUGCAUGGACCGAAUGGAGCAGCUCAAGCACAAGAGCCCGUUCGAACAGUUUCCGAGGUGAAGUCGGACGAGCAAAUACUACCACAUCGGAGGAGGAAGAGACGGAAAGCCAACGAAUACUCCCUGUCAAGCCAGGAGGAAUCCCUGCCUUUGGAUGCCUCAUCACAAUUGACGACAGCCGCUGCUGCUAUGCCGCCGUCCGCCGCCCUUCGACGCAAGAUGGCGACACUUCUCUCUCUCACAAAACCACGGUUGUCCUUCCUCAUCCUUCUCUCAACUACGUCAGCAUACUCUCUAUAUCCCUUACCCGAACUCUUAUCUUCCACGGCAUCAGCUGUAGAGACUUCGUUUUCGACAUCGACACUUACACUCCUCUUCUUGACGACAGGCACUUUUCUAUCCUGUGCCUGCGCGAACACUCUGAACAUGCUCUUCGAACCCAAGUAUGACGCCCUCAUGACCAGGACUCGGAAUCGACCAUUGGUCAGAAAGCUUAUCUCACCUCGAGCUGCAGCGUUAUUUGCACUGUUGUGUGGCGCUUCGGGACUUAUCCUGCUGGGAUUUGGCACCAACCCUACCGUGGCAGGUUUAUCCGCGCUGAACAUAUUCCUCUACGCUGGUGUCUAUACUCCCAUGAAACGGAUUUCACCAGCCAAUACGUGGGUUGGUGCCGUGGUUGGCGGGAUUCCGCCCUUGAUGGGCUGGUGUGCCGCGGCAGGCGAGGCAGCCACUUCUGAGCACCAUUCAUGGAGGGAUAUGCUGCUCACUGAAGAUUCUAUCGGCGGAUGGGCACUUGCUGCUCUCUUGUUUGCCUGGCAAUUUCCGCACUUUAUGUCUCUAUCUCACAACAUCCGAGACGAUUACAAGAAUGCUGGGCACAAAAUGCUUGCCUGGACAAAUCCAGCCCGCAAUGCAAGAGUAGCCCUGCGGUAUUCGAUUGCAAUGUUUCCAAUAUGUGGGAUGCUCUACUGGGGUGGGUACGUCGACAGGGGUUUUCUGGUCAUCAGUACCGCAUGCAACAUCUGGAUGACAAGAGAGGCCAUUCGCUUCUGGAGGAAGCAGGGCGCUGGUGGAAGCGCCAGAGGCCUUUUCUGGGCGAGCGUGUGGCAACUUCCUCUAGUCCUCGUCGGCGCUUUGGUGUGUAAGAAAGGUCUCUGGGAUGGGUUCUUUGGAAGCAAUGAUGCUGCAAGCAUAUAUGAAGAGCCGGAAGUCGAAAGUGAUGGAGAAUCUCUAGGAAUGACUUCACCGAAGUCAGGAAAGGCGCCAGAUAUCAUUGAAGAGGUAAACCCAGCCAUGCUGGGCUUCAAGAGACCCACGUGA